CGCCUCUCGGGCAAUCAAUCUACGAUCAGUCGAUCGAGAUGAGCAUCGUCCCAAAAGAGACGAUCGAGGUAAUCGCGCAGAGCGUCGGGAUCCCAAAUCUCUCCUCCGACGUCGCCCUCGCCCUCGCUCCCGAUGUCGAGUACCGCCUCCGCGAGAUCAUGCAGGAAGCGAUCAAGUGCAUGCGGCAUUCGAAGAGGACGGUGCUGACAACGGAUGAUGUCGAUAGUGCUCUCAGCCUGAGGAACGUUGAGCCUAUUUAUGGGUUUGCCUCUGGAGACCCUCUGCGGUUCAAGAAGGCUUUAGGACAUCAGGAUCUGUUCUACCUUGAUGACAAAGAAGUGGACUUUAAGGAUAUAAUUGACGCUCCUUUACCAAAAGCACCACUGGAUACAUCUGUAGUUGCACAUUGGCUUGCAAUUGAAGGAGUGCAGCCCGCGAUUCCAGAAAAUGUACCUGUUGAUGCACUUGUUCCACCUUCAGAGACCAAAAGGACUGAGCAUGUCAAGGAAGAUGGACUUCCUGUUGAUAUCAGACUGCCUGUUAAACAUGUACUAUCUAGGGAAUUACAGCUAUAUUUUGAUAAGAUCACUGAGCUUGCCAUGAGUAAGCCUGAGUCCGUCCUUUUCGAGAAAGCAUUAGCAAGUUUAGCUACGGAUUCAGGGCUUCAUCCUUUAGUUCCUUAUUUUUCUUUCUUCAUUGCAGAUGAGGUCUCACGAAGUCUGAAUGAUCUUCCUGUCCUCUUUGCACUAAUGCGCAUUGUCCGUAGUCUACUUCGUAACCAGCACAUACACAUAGAGCCUUAUUUACAUCAGCUUAUGCCUUCAAUGAUAACAUGCCUUGUUGCAAAAAGACUGGGACAGAGGAUUGCAGAUAACCAUUGGGAGCUUAGAGACUUUUCUGCCAAUCUCGUGUCUUCAGUUUGCAAAAGAUUUGGUAACAUGUAUCACAAUCUGCAGUCUCGACUGACAAAAACUCUGAUCCAUGCUUUUCUUGAUCCCUCUAAAGCACUUACCCAACAUUAUGGUGCUGUUCAGGGGCUCUCCGCAUUAGGACCCAGUGUGGUUCGUCUUCUAAUUCUGCCCAAUUUGGAGACUUACCUACAACUUUUACAGCCAGAAAUGCUAUUAGAGAAGCAAAAGAAUGAGAUGAAAAGGAAAGAAGCUUGGCGUGUCUAUGGUGCCUUGCUGUGUGCUUCUGGCAAAUGUUUAUAUGAAAUGCUGAAGGUGUUCCCUGGUGUGCUAUCGCCACCUACACGCCAAGUUUGGAGGAAUAACAGAAAAAUUGCAAUAACUAUGCCAAAUAAGCGCAAGGCAGACUCCAACAAUACAUUACAACAACCACCUCUAAAGAAGCUCGCCAUCGACGGCACAAUGAGUUCGAUGCCACCGAUGUCCAUGCAAUCCUCAUCUGAGUCUGGAGGUGGGCCUUCGACUUCAUCGGGCCCAGGCCCAUUAUCGAACGAAAGCACUUUGAGUGGAAAAGGAAAAGAAAAAUUGGGCAUCAGUAGAGCACAGAAGACGCAGACUGCUCUGGCUCAGGCGUGGAGAGAGGAUGUGGACGCUGGGCGCUUGUUGGCUUCGUUGUUUGAGUUAUUUGGUGAACGUAUACUCUCAUUCAUUCAGCCACCCGAGAUGUCUCUUUUUAUUUGAAUAGGACUGCUAACAAGUUUGUUGUUGGAGAGCUUUGCAGAUUAGUCCAAUUUUAGACGGAUUCUGUUUCCAGGGAGAUGUAAUAUGUUCAGUAGUGUAGAGUAAUCCAGCGGGAAGUUUGGAAUGUAACGCAAAGAUUAGCGA